AGCCUUGUGGCGCAACGCACGCGUCCAACGUGAUUGCUGCCCACCAAGCCCUCCCUAGUGUAUGGUUAACUGACAAGCAGUGGACCUGAUGCCUUUAUAAACCCGGUCGCUCAAGGUGGACAGUAGCUGUGCGCCCGCGUCCAGUUACCCCUUGUCCUUCUCUUCGAGUGGAUCCCCGCCGACGUCGAAACUCCACCGAUAGUUGUCAUGAUGUUCGCUUCCUUGAGUGCUAUUAUCCUGCUUCUAUUGCCUGCGGUGCUGGGUGCUCCCGUCUUCCAGUCGCUGUCAAGCAGGGCUUUACCCACUCCCAUUGCAGCUUCGACUGCUCGGACGUACCUCGGCCAAUUGACGGUCGCUGCUGACUCUAAUUCACCAGCGUACGACAGGGCCAGGUUCAAGCAUUGGGAUAUCAUUUCCGGCUCUUGCGAUACUCGGGAGACGGUGCUCAAGCGAGAUGGCACGAGCGUGGUCACGGAUAGCAGCUGUGGUGUUACAUCAGGACAUUGGGUCUCGCCGUAUGACGGAGUAGCCACAGACUUAGCCGGCGAUUUGGACAUUGAUCACGUCGUGCCGCUCAAAGAGGCUUGGAUCUCCGGUGCCAGAAGUUGGACUGAUGCCCAACGCGAGGCUUUCGCCAAUGACCUCACUCGUCCUCAGUUGGCUGCGGUCACCGAUAACCUCAACCAGUCAAAGGGCGAUAAAGAUGUUACGAACUGGUUACCGCCUUUGGCAUCUUACAAAUGCACUUACGCUCGCGCCUGGGUGCAAGUGAAACACUAUUACGGCUUAACUAUUGACUCGGCGGAGAAGACGACUUUGACGAACCUUUUGAGCGGUUGCUAGAUUUUCUUGAAUGGAGGUCGUAGAUGAAUGGGGCUAGUUCAAGGGGUAGAAUUGUUACAGUGUUACGGUGUUACAGCAACGUCAAUGCAAUGUGCAUGGAGAUGCUUUAGUGGUACUGAGGAAAGUUCGAAUGGCAAACGC